ACUUGUUCACCAAAGUUUUAAAGAACAAAAACGAAGUUGAAGAUGGUAUUUAUGAUUGGAUGCUAUUAAAUGGAGGGAAAGGCUGGGAAGCCAGUGUGCGGAAAGGUAACGGUGUAAUGAAUCCUGAAACUAACAUGCGCCCAACACUCCACGGCACUUCUCAGCAAUAUAGCUCAAACGCUGGA